GUAUGCCAUUCCAAACAACUAAGAAAAGAGGGGAGGAUUGGAUGGUUGGCUUGGAGAACAGUGUUCAGAAAGUCAGUAUAUGUUGGGAGAACCUCAGACUCAAGGUACAGCCCGUUGUUUGCACUGAAGAAGCUGCUGUAGAGACUAGGAAAUGCUGACAAUUCAAAUGGAUUCUGUGGAACUGCAGAAAACCAACAUCCAACUUGAUGACAAAAGCAGUAGCGGAGAAAGUGUCCCAGACAGCUAUAUAGAGAUGGUAAAUUCAGUAAAGGUCCCUAUUAAAAGUCAAUUUGCUAAUGAUGAUGAUGAAAGCCAGAAGUUUCUGACAAAUGGACUUCUAAGCAAAAAGAAGUUGGUAGACUAUGAUGAAGAACAUCAUCCUGGAACCACAUCUUUUGGAAUGUCAUCAUUUAACCUCAGUAAUGCCAUUAUGGGGAGUGGAAUCUUAGGGCUGUCAUAUGCCAUGGCCAACACUGGGAUAAUACUUUUUAUAAUCAUGCUGCUUGCUGUAGCAAUAUUAUCUCUCUAUUCAGUUCACCUUUUACUGAAGACAGCCAAAGAGGGAGGCUCAUUAAUUUAUGAGAAAUUAGGGGAAAAAGCAUUUGGAUGGCCUGGGAAAAUUGGAGCUUUUGUUUCCAUUACAUUGCAAAACAUUGGAGCAAUGUCAAGCUACCUCUUUAUUAUUAAAUAUGAACUACCUGAAGUAAUCAGGACAUUCAUGGGACUUGAAGAGAAUACUGGAGAAUGGUACCUCAAUGGCAACUACCUCGUUAUAUUUGUGUCUGUUGGGAUUAUUCUUCCACUUUCUCUUCUUAAAAAUUUAGGUUACCUUGGUUACACCAGUGGAUUUUCUCUUACCUGCAUGGUAUUUUUUGUCAGUGUAGUAAUCUAUAAGAAAUUCCAAAUUCCUUGUCCUCUACCUGUCCUGGAUCACAGUGUUGGAAAUAUGACAUACAACAAUACAUUUCUGAUGCACCUCAAGAUGUUACCCAAUAAAUCUCAGACUACUGAAGUGAAUUUCAUGAUGGAUUAUACUAAUGGAAAUGUUGCAGAUCUACAUGAGAAGCAGGCCAAAGAUUCCCUUCACAGGAGGGAUGUGGAAUAUGAAGCACAGAGUAUGGACAAAUGUCAACCAAAAUACUUUGCAUUUAACUCACGGACUGCCUAUGCAAUCCCCAUCCUUGCAUUUGCUUUUGUAUGCCACCCUGAGGUACUUCCAAUCUACAGUGAGCUUAAAGAUCGGUCUCGAAAGAAAAUGCAGACUGUGUCAAACAUCUCCAUUACAGGAAUGCUGAUUAUGUAUCUGCUUGCUGCUCUGUUUGGUUACCUUAGCUUCUAUGGAGAAGUUGAAGAUGAAUUACUUCAUGCUUAUACCAAGGUGUAUACAUUUGACACCCCAAUUCUCCUGGUUCGUCUAGCAGUCCUUGUGGCAGUCAUGUUUACAGUGCCUAUUGUCUUGUUCCCAAUCCGCACAUCAGUGAUCACACUGUUAUUCCCCAAAAGGCCCUUCAGUUGGAUAAGACACUUUCUGAUUGCAGCAAUUCUCCUUGCACUUAAUAAUGUCCUCGUAAUUCUUGUGCCAACUUUAAAAUACAUUUUUGGCUUCAUAGGUGCAUCUUCUGCUACAAUGCUAAUUUUCAUUCUUCCAGCUGCUUUUUACCUUCGACUAGUUAAAAAAGAACCUUUACGAUCACCUCAGAAGAUUGGGGCUGCCAUUUUCCUUGUUGUUGGCAUCAUCUUUAUGAUUGGAAGCAUGGCACUCAUUAUAAUUGACUGGAUUUACAACCCUCCAAAUUCCAAGCAUCACUAAUCCAAGGAAAAACUACUUCCCUUCUGGAAAUGACUCUGCCCUAACAGACCAUUUUGACAUCUAUAUUAGAAUGUUUUCCAGUGAAAAUUACAGGAAAAAUCCUAAUAAUUUUUCCACACUAUAUCUGUAGAAUAUUAAACCAUCAUAUUUUUAAAUCAACAAGUUGUUUAUGUAUUUAAAACUAGGGAGAAGAGCUCUACUCUGGUUUUAAUCAAGAAAUUUGAGAUGGCAAAACAUUUUUACUGCUGUAUGUGCAGAGUUUGCUUUCAUCAAGAAAUAUUUUUCUCCUUCAGCUUUUGAUAGCAGCACUUCUUAGAACACCCCAAAAUACCCUCAUGCCCCUGUUCCUCUCCAACCUGCUGGUUCUUCACUCCCAUAAAAUCUAAUGAAACUGUUUUUAUAACAUAGCUACAUUGGCACAAUUCAUCAACUACUCUGUUACACAAGAAGGAUCAGUCACUAGAGUCUAAAACUUGGAACUCCAUCAAUAUUUGUAGAAUGAAUGGACAUAUUUUGUCCAGCCUGUCAGUGGCAUUGAAUCAAAUUUAUCAAACAGAAAAAUAAUCUUCAGGCAAUGGAUUGGUCACAAUUGUUAGGAGACCUGAUUGAAUUCUGAGAGGGGAUUUAAAAACUACAAAUCUACAGAAAUAGUCAAUUUAUCACAAAAACUGUACAGUCUGAAAGCAUCUACUUUAUUAUCAUUAUUAUUUGUGAUAGGCCCCUUGUAAUACAUGUGAGUUAUGUCACUGAAAAAGUGCUAUCUUUCUUGUCUUUCUUUCUAACUCAUUAAGUUUUGGGUGACCACAGAUAUGUGGGAGUAUAUGGGAGCCAGUAUUGUAUGAUGCAUUUUUAUUUGAAAAAACAUUCAGUGCAGAAAACUGUCAUUUGCUUUUUGUUUGUGUAUAUAAUCCUUUUCUGUACUUACUUUAAUGUUAAUGUAUGGCACUUUAUUUUUUAUUUUUUACAUAGCUUUUAUUUUUUUCAUACUCCAGGGAAAAAUUGAUCAGUGAGAUAAAAAGUUACUUUUUAUGUUUCUGUUUAUUGGGAGAGCUUUACAUUUUAAGACCCAAGUUACAGUUUAGUAAAAUGUUCUCAAAUGUUUACAAUAAUCAGCUAUGUGGAAAGUUCCUUUUCUCAAUAUAAUUGUCAGUUCUAAACUUUUCCCCCCAUUUUGGAUAUCUAAAAUCUGCCUGAAUAAAUUUUAGUUUGGACAGACGUUUAUAGAUUCUUUAAUCUUACAAAAUUGAAUGCUUUGCUAUGAAAAUAAUGAAGAUAUCUCUACAAUUGCAUGUGAAACCAUGGACAGGCACUAUUAGAUCUGAAAGAGGCCUUAGAGAUCAUCUGCUCCAGCCAAUUUAUUUUUUACAGAUGAGGAAACUAUGGCUCAGAGGAGUUGACUUAGAUUGAUUACCCAGGUCUCCUGAUUCCAAGGCUGGUGCUAUUUCUAAUGUAUGACACUACUUCUUUUAUUCUUUCCAAUUCUUCAGUGGGACAAAAGUAAACCUAUAAUGGCUUUUGCGUUAAAAUUCACUAUCCUGUAUUUUGGAGUUUCACUAUUUUUUAAUUUCCAAAUUAAAAACAAAUACACAUUUUAUAUUUUGUAAUGUAUUUUAAUAAAGCAAAAAAAAGCUGAAAUACAGUCCUCUAGCUGUAAAGAUAAUAGAAUCUUAUUAACUCUAUUUUUUUAAACUAAAAAGUUGCUUUGAAAAUAGUUAUUUUGAACUAUAUAAUUUCAUGUGCUAUUUUUAGUAGUGGAAUAUUGUGAAUGCACUUUGCUAUGAAAAUGGAAUGUUUCUAUUAGCUACCAUAAUUUUAGGGUUCUAGUUUGUAGAAACUGAUGCAGUGAAUGGCAUCUUCAAAGUAUAUGCCCCACUGUAUGCAUUUUAACUUUUAUCCAAAAUAGCUUGGAAAACUGAAAGAAUUAUCAUCUUAGUGUUUAAUCUGUGUUCAAUUUGACUUUUUAUCUGAACCUUAAACAUAAAUUAAAACAAAUUGAAAUAGAAAUUUGAUCAAGAGUAUUUUUUUAAAAUUUGGGUAAAAGUAUAAUCUGUGAGUUUUCUGACCACAAAGUAAUAUUCUGUUUUACUUUUGAAGUGAUUAACUUGAAAAGGUCAGCAUCAUAGACUGAAACAAUUUUCAGAUUCCUUUUACAGUGAUGAACUAGUAAGCUGCAGGAUUUAUCUUCUAGGACCUCUUCAGAAUGUUCACACAUGGCAAGAAAGGCAAGCAUUUGCUAUGAUAAACUAACUAAUUUAACCCUAUGUGUAAAGCAGAUGAAAUCUUAUUUUCUUGUUUUAUUUGUAAGGUGAGUCAAUGUACUGAAAAGAUUUUUGUCAUUAUUGUUUCAGAAAGUAUAUAUUAACAUAUAAUAA